ACGCGUACGCGACGCGCCGUUCACAUCUGUCACGUUUCUCACACAAAAUAUUUAUCAAUUUAUUUUCGCCAAAUACAGCUGUAAAUUAUGUAUCAAUACAGUGUUUAGAAAUGGACCAACAAUUCUCAUUGUCCUGGAAUAAUUUUCACGGGAAUCUCACUAAAGGAUUCGCCGGUUUAUUAGGAAAUGGCGAAUUUGUCGAUGUUACUAUAGCUGUCGAAGGUCAUUUGUUGCAAGCACACAAAGUGAUACUAUCAAUAUGUUCACCUUAUUUCAAGAAAAUGUUUCAACUGAAUCCAUGUCAACAUCCAAUUGUUGUAUUGAGGGAUGUGACUCACAAAGCUAUGAAAGACUUGCUACAAUUUAUGUACCAUGGAGAAGUUAGUGUGAAACGUGAAGAUCUCACUAGUUUUAUAGGAACAGCUGAAGUUUUACAAAUUAAAGGAUUGACAAAUAAAGAGACUGAAGAAGAUGAAGAUAGUGAAAGAGAGCAAGAUUUACCUAAACACAGAACUGAAACUCAAAACAACACUCCUGAUGCGGAGUCAUGUGUGUCAGACACCUAUGACACAACUCUCAAUGAUGAGACUACACAAAACAAUGAACUAGAACUGCUAAAACAAAGGCAACUCAUUGAAAAACUUCACAGAAUCAGUAAUCUUAAGAGAAAAUCCACUGAAUUCCUUCAGAAGAACUACUUUUCGGACAUACUCAACCCAGAAAAGAGGCCAAAAACAAAAGAAAAAACUAUUUACACUCAAAAUAAUCAAAUAUACCAAUCUAAUAAUUAUGAGAACAUAAAAAAUAUGUAUGAAGAUAGCCCAGUAGACAUUUCUGCUUCUUAUAACACACAUAUAUCAAAAACAAAUUCUCAAGAAUUUAUUGAAAAAAGUAAGGAUCAGUCUCUAUCUGAUAAUGGCCUAGAAAUGAAGACAGAAUGUGAUGAUAGUGACAUCAUAGUGACAGAUCCAGCAGUAUGUUCUACACCUAAAAAUUAUGAAUCUGCUAGAGAAGGAAAGAAAGAUCUGUCUGUACCAAUAGACUAUCCAUCCCCACAAGACAAUACCAGCUUGAGUUCGUUAUUCAUCGACCUUAAAAACUUAGUGAAUGGUAAGGUGACUAACAAUGCACUGAGAACUAACUCAAGUGAAGAGUAUCCUAGACCAACAUUGGAGCACCAACUGGUAACUAUACCGCAAAAGGAAGAUGGAAAGAAAAAAUAUCCACAGCGUUCAUGUCGUCUUUGUUGGAAAAUAGGACGAAGACGGGACACUCGGUUUAUGUGUAGUGCAUGUGAACUGCCAUUUUGCAAAACACCUUGCUUUGGAAUUCAUUUUAAUGACGUACUAAGAGUAUCUCAAUUGCAAGGCGAUUAUUAUGCAAAUUAACAUUUUAUUUAUACAAGCUUAACUCCCUAAAGGGAGCUAUUUAUAAGUGGAAAGUUAAAUAGUAUACAUAGAAGAUAAAAAUCUACUUAGGCUUGUAGCAACUACUACAUAUUUAUACAAUUUUAUUGCACACAAAGCUGAAUCAUAGAUUCGAAUAAGAUUUGGGACCAAAUCUAUAAACUGAAUGAUUGUGACAAAAAAAACCUUAAAAAGUUGCAUAAGUUUAACAUAGCCCGGUCAUAACAAAACACAAAAAUUUAC